ACGUCAACACAGUGCAGCUGUCAAACGCUUUGUUUAUUUCGUCGUGAAAAAUUAAUGCGACACGCACUUGGCUGUAGCUUAAACUGUGUUUUUCGGUGCAAAAGUGUGAAAAUAAACCGAACAAUCGUGUUUCUUCGCUUUUAGCAACGGACGCCGAAGCGACACAUUCGCAUCCAAGAUGGUGAGCUCGGGAUCGCGCCUACCCCUGUCGAUGCUGUUGCAGACGAAAGAGGCAGCGGAUGAAGAACCCCGUAAAGCGUCGCGUGAAGAUUGGCGCAAAGCGAAAGAGCUCGAGGAAGCUCGAAAGGCUGGUAAUGCACCGGCUGCGGUCGACGAGGAGGGUCGCGAUAUCAAUCCACACAUCCCGCAGUACAUUUCAUCUGCGCCAUGGUACUACAACACGGCAGGCCCAACGCUGAAGCAUCAGCGCCCGCAGGAUGAUAACAGCUCGCGCUCCGGCAUUGACGAAUGGUACAAACGGGGCGUGGAUACCUCCAAACCGCUGGUGACCAAGUACCGUAAGGGAGCGUGCGAAAACUGUGGUGCAAUGACGCACAAGCGCGUCGAUUGCAUGGAGCGGCCACGCAAGGUGGGGGCCAAAUUUUCCGCCAAACAGAUAGCACACGACGAGUUCAUUCAGCCCAACAUAGUGAGCGACUACGAUGGCAAGCGGGACCGUUGGGCUGGGUACGAUCCGGCGAACCAUCGGGAAAUUGUGGAAGAGUAUCUUAAAAUCGAGCAAGCGAAGCGUGAGCUGCGUGCUCAAAAGCUGAAGGAAAAUCCUGACCUUGCCGAGGAGCAGGGCGAGGAGGCCGACGAGGACAGGUACGUGGACGAGGUGGACAUGCCCGGUACGAAGGUGGAUUCGAAGCAGCGCAUCACGGUGCGAAAUCUGCGCAUUCGCGAAGACACGGCCAAGUAUCUUCGCAAUCUCGAUCCCAACUCUGCCUACUACGAUCCGAAGACGCGCUCCAUGCGAGACAAUCCCACGCCGCAGCUCAACCCGGAGGAGACGGAGUUUGCGGGCGAAAACUUUGUCCGCUACUCGGGCGACAUCCAGAAACACGCACAGGCGCAACUGUUUGCCUGGGAAGCGUACGGCAAGGGAGUCGACGUGCAUGUGCUGGCCGAGCCGACCAAGCUGGAGCUGCUGCAGAAGGAGUACGAGAAGAAAAAGUCGCAGUUCAAGGAUGAGGUGAAAAACAAGGUGCUCGAGCAGUACGGCGGCGAGGAACAUCUGGCCGUACCGCCGAAAGCACUGCUGCUGGCACAAACAGAAAACUACGUCGAGUACUCGCGGUUCGGUAAAGUGAUCAAGGGCCAGGACAAACCCAUCAUUCGGUCGCGCUUCGAGGAGGACGUGUACAUCAACAAUCACACCACCGUGUGGGGUUCACACUGGAACAACGGUUGCUGGGGUUACAAGUGUUGCGAGUCGAUGAUUAAAAAUUCCUACUGCGUCGGUGAAAAUGGCAAAGCUGGUACAAUUAAACCCACCAUGGAAAGCGAAACAGGCGAAAGCGGAACUUCGUUCGCCGGUAGUGAGCCCUCGAAAAAAGGUUCAUUAUUAAAUCAAGCUAAAUCGGCAGCACUGGCGGAAGAAUCGCAAGAAACGGUUGAAAAGGAACAAACGCGUGAAUCGUCAGAAUCGAAAGAGCCGGAUCGCAGCAAUCACAGUAGCGGUGGGAGUAACAGCGACAGUGACUCGGACCCGGACGACUCCAAGCGCGAUCGAAGCAAGGAAUCGAAGAAAUCGAAAAAGAAGCGCAAGAAGGAAAAGAAGCGACUGCAGCGCCGGGAAGAGAAAAAGCUGCGCAAAAAGAGCGACGGUAAGGUGGAGAAGGAUAAACUUCAGCUUGCCUUGGAGGCGGAAGAGGAAAACGAACGCCCGGCGGCGAACAGUCCUCCAUCGGGCUUGUGUCCAGCCCGGGCAGCAUGAGCUUGACCGGUGCUGUGGUAAAGACAGAGGACGGCUCCAGCGCAGCAUCGCCCACCACCGGGCAUCUAGACGCGCUGGCAGAAGCGGCCGCCUGCGCAACUUCCGUGCUGCCGAGCGAGCUGAUGGGUGACAUUCUGUCCUCGCCCACAUCGAACGUAUCUCAAACGACGGCACAACAGAUUAAGUUUUUGGAUCCAACGUCCAAACAAUUCACGACCGUGGUCAUGCAGGCUGGCGGAGACGGUGCAGCAGCAGCGGCAGCAGCAUCGUCCGCUGGUGGAAUUGUGAACAAUGGUAACAGUGCUGCUGCGGCAGGAAAGCAACCUGCGGGAAAAGCGGUCGUUCGGUCGAAUUCUACUGGCAAGACGAAA